AUGCCGUCCGAAGUUUCAGAUAUCAAGCAGUUCAUCGAGAUCUGCCGGCGCAAGGAUGCUUCCUCUGCCCGCAUCAAGCGCAACCGCAAGACCAACCAGAUAAAAUUCAAGGUCCGAUGCCAGCGGUUCCUCUACACGCUUGUCCUCAAGGAUUCCGACAAGGCAGACAAGCUGAAGCAGAGUUUACCUCCUGCUCUGAAAAUCGCGGAUGUAUCUAAGGGCGGUGCGAAGAAGAAGUCGAUCUAA